AUACGAAUAAAGUAAUAAAGAAUACAUGUUUGCGCAAAAAAUUGUCCCGUCACGACCACCGUAGUCCAUUCUGACGACACACUUGUGCACCUCGGAGUCAAACAUGGCUGGGAAAGGAGGAAAACAACAGAGUCGUUCAGGCUCCGGCAUUUCGGGUAGGAAAGGUGCCGGGGAGCAGGAGGAGGAGGAGCAGCCGCUGCAGGCCGUCCUAGUCGCUGACAGCUUUAACCGAAAGUUUUUCCCGGUGACUAAGGACCAGCCACGGGCUUUGCUCCCGCUGGGCAAUGCUGCCAUGAUCGAUUACACUCUGGAGUUCCUCACGUCCACCGGAGUGCAGGAAACAUUUGUCUUCUGCUGCUGGAUGGCCAGUAAAAUCAAGGCGCAUUUGUUGAACUCAAAGUGGUGUCGACCCAGUUCUCCAAACACGGUCCACAUCAUCACCUCAGAACUGUACCGCUCCCUCGGAGACGUGCUCAGGGAUGUCGAUGCAAAGUCUCUUGUGCGAUCUGACUUUGUGUUGGUUUAUGGAGAUGUCAUAUCAAACAUUGAUGUCAGUCAGGCUCUGCAGGAGCACAGGCACCGGCGAAAGAUGGAGAAGAAUAUCUCCGUGAUGACCAUGAUCUUUAAGGAUUCAUCUCCAGGUCACAGGUCACGCUGUGAGGAAGAUGAUGUUGUUGUAGCUGUGGACAGUAAGAGUCAGCAGAUUUUACACUACCAGAAGACACAAGGGCUGAAGAAGCUGCAGUUUCCCAUGAACAUUUUUCACAGCAGUAGUGAUGAGUUUGAAAUCAGACAUGACCUUCUGGACUGCCACAUCAGUAUCUGCUCUCCACAGGUCGCCGAGCUCUUCACAGAUAACUUUGAUUACCAAACUAGGGAUGAUUUUGUCAGAGGGCUAUUGGUCAAUGAAGAGAUACUUGGUAAUCAGAUCCACAUACACGCCACUCACGAUGGCUACGGUGUUCGCGUGUCCAACUUACUCAUGUACGAUUCUGUGUCGUCUGACUUUGUGCGGCGAUGGUUCUACCCCAUCACGCCCGAGUCCAACUUCACGGAUCAGGAGGGCCGCAGCUGCACGUACUCUCGCCACAAUGUGUACCGCGGGUCCGGAGUCAGCCUGGGCCACGGCAGCCAGAUGAAGGAGAACGUUCUCAUUGGCUGCGACACUAGCAUUGGCGCCAACUGCUGUCUCUCAAACAGCGUCAUUGGGGACAACUGCACCAUAGGCGACAACGUAGUCCUGGACCACGCCUACAUCUGGAAUAAUGUUCACAUUGCCAGUAACGUUGAGAUCAGGCAGUCUGUGGUCUGUGACAAGGCUGAGGUCAAAGAGGGCGUGACCCUAAACAAACAAUGUGUCUUGGCUUAUAAUGUGGUGAUAGGACCAAACGUGUGUCUGUCUGAAGGAACCGUUGUGUCCAUGCAUCAUCCCGAGGAGGAGCAGGAGGAAGAUGCUGACGAGUUCCUCAGUGAUGAUGCUGAAGUUGGACACAGUAAAGACAAAACCAAGCAGAAAGUUUUCAACCCAGCUGAGGUUGGAGCAGAAGGGAGAGGUUACAUCUGGAAGGCCAGCAGCCUGGAUGACACAGAGGACGAGGAGCUGUCUCAGUGUCUCUGGGGUUUGGUGUUGAACCCGGAUCCGGAGAGCGACAGUGAGGACGGUGAGCCGGAUGGCCCGGAUGAUCCGGUGAGCCUGUCUCCUGAGAUGGACGACGUCAAAGUCUUCCAGAUGGAGGUGAUCGGGACCUUGCAGAGAGGCUUGGAGGAGAACAUCAGCUGUGACAAUCUUGUGCUUGAAAUAAAUUCUCUGAAGUAUGCCUACAACAUCACUCUGAAGGAGGUGAUGCAGAUUUUAACCCGGGUGGUGCUGGAGUACCCGUUCCAGCAGCAGGAUGCACAUCUGAGCGCCUCACAAUAUGUUUCUCUGCUCCUGCCGUUAUUGAAGAAGUGGGCUCCAGUCUUUAAGAACUAUGUGAAGAGAGCACAGGACCACCUGGACUGCCUGGGUGCCUUUGAGGAACAUUUCCUGGAGCAGGAGGGCCACUGGGCUGCGAUGGUGAAGGUUUUAAUGAACAUGUACCAGCUGGAGAUCCUGGAGGAGGAGAUGAUUCUGCGGUGGUUCUCUCAGGGAGCCACAACAGAUCAAAGCAGGCAGCUCCGCAAGAACCAGGGGCUCCAGAAGUUCAUCCAGUGGUUGGAAGAAGCAGAGGAGUCAUCUGAAGAGGAUGGACAAUAACGAGAAGUGUUUCUUCGUGAUGGACAGUUAAAGCUAUACAUCUUUUAUAAUAAACUCCUGUGUGGCUUAAAGGGAUCAGCGUUGUUUUACAGCUGCAGGUUUCUCACAUCAGGAUCUGUUUUACAGAUGAAGCAAACAUUCAUCUGCACCUCAUUUCUCUGGCCUCUGAAUGUGUUCUAAAAUAAACCCGUUGGACUGAA